UCCGAUGAGGAUGAUGUCCCUGAAGGCUACCGCGAGGCUCUCUGCCACCGCGCAUUUAUACACCAGACAACCACUGCAUGUUCCAUUGUUUCAAGUUUGGCGGAAAAAUUUUACAAGGCGUCUGCAUCGGCUCUGCUAGCACCCUCUCUACGCUCUACCUCAUUUACAUCUUGUGAAGGAGAAAUUCGAUCUCAACUAAUUUUGGUUGAGGUGCUUGCGGAUGGUCAACUUGAACGCCUUCUACCGGGUGAGACAGCAAUGCUUCCUGUUGUCCAAGCAUGGAAUAGUCUCCAUGGCGCGACACGAAAGGGAGCCCAUCUUGAGGUGCACUAUAGUUUGGCUUGGCUGCCCCCCUGGCGUCGCUACACACAGCCUCAUGCUGAAAUGCCAGUUGAGACCUCUUUGUCUCAUCGCUUGAAUCCGUGUGUGACUAAUAAUAUCCAUACAAGUAGGGCUUUAAAAAAUCGAUGCAGUUUUGCCGAAUUACCUUGUUGGGAAGUUGGACUUGUUAAUAUCUCCCUGUUGGAUGCAGCUGUACGUGGGGAGUUUAGCAAUUACGUUAAUGGACCGUGCAGCAUUAUCUCUAAAGAUUUCAUGGCCGGUAAGGUGACGGGUCUUUGGAAGAAGCAUUUUAAAAGCAAACUCCCUGAGUCCGGAAACGUGUCUACAAGACCUAAACUAUAUUUUCCCCUGAACGCCCCACUCGAAAGUUCCCUUUUAACUCUGGAUCCAGAAAUGCAUCUUCUUUUUUUCUCUCGUUUCUCGGUUACUGGGGCUCUAGAAUAUCGCUUUCAGCUUCAUUUGGAAGCAUUCAAUCCUUACUGGGGUCUUGAACCCAAACAUAUUAACAGUAAAAACUUUGAAACUUUCAAUCAGCCUUUCACUCAAGGUCUUACUUUUACUCUGGAAAGCAAUUCGAAAGCACUUCAACCUCUACUUCAAGAGUCAUAUCAGAACACUAAUAUAGAGCCGGGAGGUUGCGCAUCUGGACGUUCUAUUGUUACAUCCUUAAAGCAUUCACUGAUUGCUUCGGAAACAGGAUCCGCUGGCCCACCUAUAAAUGACCAAUCUUAUAACAGUUUGGGCCUUGCAGUUGUAUUUGAAAACGAACAACAAAUAGACCAAUUUUACGAGGUAUUAACUUCUAUCCGAUGCAAUAAACAGGAAUGUCUGCCGACUUUCGCUCCCGCUACAUUAAAUAGUAAUGGUAUAAAUGCUUUUCCAAUGGAAUCUAAACUUCCAAUUUUAGCUUUAAAGCCUCCAGAGUCACGUGCACUGUCUAUAAAAUAUGCUUUACUCACCAAGUCACCAUCCAGAUCUGCCGAAAGCCUUCUGCACGGAGAUCGUGGCUUAGAAGCACCUUUAAUGAAUAGACAUUCAGAACAUAAGAAGAAGUCAUCUCAAAAGACGAGUGCUUUAACACCUAUUCCGUCAUCGCUAAGGUCAAAAGGAUCGACAAAUCGCCAUGAUUACGAUACCAAAGAAGUUAUUGAAUGCACGCAAGAUUCUAAUUCAGAAUCUUUUAUGCAAUCGCCUAAGCAUACCAGUGAUGCUCAAGUUAUGAGUAUGAAAAUCUUAGCGCAAGAAGCGGUUAAGACAAAGAUGAUGCGAGAAAAUCAUUCUCGGAAAUCGUCAGAGAGCCAAGAUGACCCAAUUUUCAUGCAUCGCUCUUCCCCCAAUUAUCCUAUACCUCGAUUUACCACUCACCCUCCGCCUCCUCUAUCCCUUUCCUCCUUUGUUCGUCAUGUCCCCACUCGCUCUGCUCUUAUUCAAUCGAGUUCUUUUACUUCAUCAUCACCCUCCUCUUUACCCUCUAUUCAGAUUCCCGACCUACCUCUUCGCCCCAUCAUAUCUUCUCAUCAAUUCCCUGCUCCUGCUUCUGUUGCUCCUAUUAACACUUCCUUCUUUCAACACCAUUCACAGGCUGCUUUGCAUCUCAGAUCAUCGCCAUCUCCUCUACCUACAGGGCACACUUACUCAAACAACUCGCUUAACAAUACAGUUUAA